GUAACCUUGUAGGAGAAAGAAAGUCACCGUGAGUGACCCGUCGGCGUCGAGUUAAAGAAAAAAACAAUCCAGAACACACAAUGAGUGACACAGAACAGCACAAAGAGGCCGAAAACGUGUCCCAGCCUCAGUGGCCUGAGAAUGGAGAGGAGUGGAGUGAUGGAGAGGAUGCCACGAAUAUGGACUGUGGGCUUCUGCAGGCUAUGGCUGAGGAUGAUGAGGAGAUAAAUGUCUACAACGAGGAGACGUUUGGAAUGGAUCUCGAUGCACAAGGGACCACAGAGGACCCCGGCAGCGGUCUCCUUCAGUUUGGAGGAGAGCUGCCUCCACCACCAACACCUCCACCAGACCCCAAACCAUCCAAAUCACUCCGCCACCGCCCUCGCUCCCCUCCCAGACAGAGUCUACAGUAUCUGCCCCGGGCUCCCCCAGGGCAGCGUGGCAGAGUAAGGGGCCAGAGAGGAGGGCUGGGCAGGGGCCAGAUGUUUGAAGACCCAGCUGUGAUGAGGAUGGUGGAGGGGCGACCAAGCCUCAAGACUCUUGACAGUGCCAUAGUGGACCUUGGGAAUGCCAUGUACCAGAAGACCUUAGAGGAUGAUUACCUGUCGCCCUCUUUCAGAAAGACUAGAAGAAUCUCAGGAUCAAUACUUCAGGACAGUGCUGUAGUGUGUGUGAUUGAUGGUCACAGAGGUGGAGGUCAACACCUGCCCUCCAGCUUCCUGGAUUUGCCAUAUCCUGUCUCUUCCUUCAGGGGCAGAAGAGGGGAACCCGGAGGAUCCUACAUCAGGCGACAGUUUGGCCAAAGAGACCCCCCUCAGAUUCAUGCAGCCAUGGGACCAGGUUCACCCAUCUUCUCACGUCAACCGUUAACCCCGCGGCAACAUUACGAUCAGACAGGGGGCUUCCUGUUUCCUACAAACCGGCCUUGCCCCGCCACUCCUCAGUCUCUGACUCCUAAGAUGAUACAACUUCGCUUUGGUGCCAACUCACCGAGGCCGUCCCCCUUUUACAGCCCCUCGUCUAAUCCGACGCAGCAUUUCAGAUACCCCGGUCCUGUCACCCAGCUCCACCCCCAACACAAACGACUUCUUAGUCAAAAACAACGCAUAUUCCAAAGAAAACCCGAGGACUGGGAUCCUUACUGUAACCUCAUGACGGACAAAGAGAAGGAGUGGAUCACCAGGCUGCAGAUGAUUCAGCUGCAAAGUGAGAAUCCAUACCACGAGGACUACUAUUACCAGGAGUACUAUCGGCGAAUAGAAGCGAAGAUGGCAGAAGAAGAGCUGGGCAUCAGGAGCAAGAGGGAGCCACCCAAGCUUACCACGCCUUACAUCACAAAAACUGACGUCUACGCCCCAGUGGUGCACAUUGAAGGCUCCCUGGGUCAAGUUGCUGUGUCCACGUGUUACUCUCCUCGCCGGGCCAUCAGUGCAGUUCAUGCAGUCCAACCUCAGGGUCCACUUGAGGAACAACAAGACAUCAGACAACAGCGGUUAGAGAUCUUCAGCAAAAUAGAAAAGCUGUUCGGGGUUCUGUUGGAGGUCGAGGAGGCGGACAGGAUGAAAAGUACCGUUUUGUCUGAAGCGGAAGAAACCAGAUUGAUUGCAAAAUCCCAGCAGAAAGUGGACCACAUCUACUCCCAACUGCAACAUCACAAUCCCUCCAAUUCAGGCGUAGAGUUCCUUCCUUUCCUGCUGGUCUCAAAAGGCAAAAAGCUCCUCGCCCGUCUGCUCCCGUUUCUGAAACACGACACUGCACUGAAACUCUUGAGCAUUGUGACCUCUAACCUUCCUACGCUGAUGAGCAGAGAUCCAGAAGAGGCCCUUCCAGUGCUCUACCCGCCCCUUCGAAAUGUGAUUGGAGGCCUGGCGUUCAGUCAGCUGAUUGUUGUCCUCAAAAAUCUGACUUCAUCUGAGACUCUAACGACAUACGAGUCGCUCACUCUGGCAUGUCAGAACAAGUUUGGACUGUCCCUGCUGUAUGCGCUCCUGUCCCAAGGAGAGAAGCUGCUGUCCUCGGGUGUCCCCUUAGAGCCCAGCAUCGGCGACUUUGAGAGCUGGACGGACACAAUAUUCCAGGUGGCGGGACAGCUGUCCCAGUGUUCACUGGUGGAGCCGCUCCUCCUGCCCUCAAACCUGCUCACGCUCUUCUGCCGCUACCUGGACAAGCGCACUGUGCAUCAGCUGAAAAGCAACAUGGAGUCUGCAACCGGAUUCGUGGCUCUUCCAUCUUGAGGCGGACGUAAGCUAAUGAGACGUUCAACUAAUGACCCGGUUAUGAUGAACACUAGUUGAAGGAGCAGAGGCCCAGCCCUGACACAAACUACUCAGUGUUCAUUAAUAACAGAAGAAUGUAAUUUAGAAAUGCCGUCAUUAUUUAUUUAUUUUUCCCUCCUUCCCUCACAUUUUUGCACACCAAACGGUUUCCCUUCAUUUCCUUUAUCUGAUCUUUUUAUGUUCCUCCCUUUGGUCUCCAGAAGGUUACGUCAGUGCAAGUUAUUCGGAAAUCACAAACCUGAUGUUUUUUUGUUGUCGUUCUUUUAACCUUCAAAACAAGAGUUGCCAUCAUUUCAUGAGAUUGCCGUGUACUGAGUUGGUAACGUUGCAUCAACUAGUAGAUGGAGCUGAUUUACUUACUGUGUCUUCUGUCUAACCCAGUUACAUUCAGGACAAGACAACGUGAGGUAUCACUGAGAUAAAUGUGUUGGAUCAGAUAUUAUUGACCAGGUUGAGGAUUGUAUAGUAAUUUAUGAUUGUACAGCUGAACCUAUAUGUUUAUUAUAAUAAUAUGACUAUUAGGAAAGUCUGCAUGGUCAAUCAACAAAAGCCAUGCAAUUAUUAUUUUUGUAACAAGGCAUGCAUUGUGUAUACAUGUGUAGCAAUACUAAAUAUGAUGUAUUUGAUGUAAUUUUUUAUUUAUUAUAUUCAUUUGGAAACGGUAAUUUAUAUUGCACCCUUGUAGCGCACUUGCAACACAAAU